GUUGACAUUUGUGGUUGACAACCUGGAAGUUGUGUGUUCUGUGUUUGUGUAUUUCUAAUUUUAUUAGUGUAUAUCUGCCCCUCAUGUACGUUGUAGUUUACUUUUUGGCGCCAUAAAUAUAUGAAAAAGAUAAUUAUAAAUGUCCGAAAUGGAGUCUAAUGUGAAGAAAUACAUCAUUAGUGUUCUCACCUCGUCACCACUUACUAUGACGAUAAAUCAGCUGAGUAAGGACUACAGAAAUAUGCUCGGGGAGGAAAUACCAUACCACAAAUUAGGAUACAAUUCCAUGGAACAUUUCUUGAAAUCUAUCUCUGAUACAGUACAGGUUAAAGGCAGUGGGCCCAUGGCAACAGUACUCCCUGUCAUUUCUGAAAAGUCCAAGCAUAUAAAUGAACUUGUUACAAAUCAAAAGAUAACUAGGAAAAAGACUUCACACAGGCAAUCCUUCCCCAUUCAACAGAGGAAACAUCUCCAAUAUCAAAAACCAGUAAUCACAAAUCCUUACAAACAACCUGGUACACAACCUCAACGCCACAAGAUUUUUUAUCCACCAAGCGAGAGCAGUUCCUCAUAUCAAAGCUAUCCUGAGAAACCAGUCCAAAAAGUUGAUGAACCAGUCGAGAGACCCAAUCAGCAACCAGUUCUGAAUACAAGUACACCUGAAAAUCGUGAACGAAAUCCCUCUAAGUUGAAUUUAGCGACAAAUAAAUUGCCCGAGAAGAGCCCAGAUAUUUACAAGAGGAUUGUUGAUAGUCAUAUGCCAAAAUCUAGCUCAAGUGUUGAAGAAAAGAGUGAUUCGCAAAAUUCCCUGGCUGUGGCAGAACUAAAAAACUUUUAUUCGAUAGAAUACCGGCUGAGGUAGGCGAUAUUCAAAGCAAUGUCCCUCUACCAAUAAGAGAAAAUCUAAAGUUUUUGAUAGGACAACAUGAAAAUGGGAUAUGGUGUGCAGAUCUUCCCAAACUCUAUAGGUCAAUGUUUUGCAAGGAUAUAAACUAUGAAGAUUUUGGUUAUGCAAGCUUGAGCCAACUUUGCAUAUCGUUACCCUCAAUAUUCCACUAUUGUCGUCCUUCUGAUUCUGAUUUCAGAUUGUAUGAUAGAAACAAACCCUUGCCACCAAGUGCAGAGACAAAAUUCACUGUUGCCAGUUAUACUGUUGGAAGUAAAAAUCUAAAUGAAGGUGAAAUCUGUGCUUUGCCAAAUAUUGAGUGGGACUAUGUGGAGAGCUUUCUGCCAGAAAGCGUAUAUAAACCUGGUAACGAAAUACCUAGAGAGUUUGUACCACCUGAAACAAAGGAGGGGCGAUACAAUCAAGAUUGGAGUUGGUGAAGUGUUUGAUUUGUCCAAGGUUGGGUAUUUUAGAUGAUGGAAAUUUGGACAAUCUCAUGGAUGAAUUGCAGGAUUUCUAUGCAACAAAUGCCUCACGAUACUCGAUGAAUGAAAGUUUGAUAAGAGAAGGGGUCUACUGUGCAAAAAUUAUUUAUGGAGAGUAUCAUAGGGCAGUCAUUGUUGAUGUUUUACCCGAGGUCAAAGAUAGUAUAAAGGCAAGUAUUCAUGAAAUUACCUAAAAAAAACAUUUUAGCAAAGCUACUUUAUAUUACUGUUUAAUUUGAUAUAAACCCUUUUUUCCAUUUCUGCAAAAUGAUUUACCAGUACAGUGAGAUUUCUUUUUGGUAGAAAUUACCUCUAAUGAC